UCCCAGUGGAGUCGUCACUGCCAGGCAUCCAGAGAGCUGACACCUUGGCAGGAGCUGGGCCUGGAGUGGAGCCAAAGGGUUGGCAUGGAGAGACUGACGCCUAGGGGACCACCAGGCCAUCCUCACCAGGGGGAGGCCUCUACCUGCUGGCAGCUCACUGUGAGGAUCCUGGAGGCGCGGGGCCUGGGCUGGGCUGACCUGUUAAGCGAGGCAGACUCCUAUGUGACCCUUCAGCUGCCAACCGCAGCUGGAACAAAGUUUAAGACCAAAACAGUCACCAACUGCAGUCAUCCUGUAUGGAACGAGACCUUCACUUUCCUGAUCCAGAGUCAGGUCAAGAAUGUUCUGGAACUGAGUAUCUACGACGAGGACCCAGUCACGGAGGAUGAUGCUUGCUUCAAGGUUCUCUACGACAUCUCGGAAGUCCUCCCUGGCACGCUGCUGCGGAAGACGUUCUCCCAGCAUCCCCAGAGGGGGGAGGAGCUGGACGUGGAAUUCCUAAUGGAGAAAACGUCAGACUGCCCGGAAACCCUCAUCACCAACAACGUGCUUGUGGCCCGAGAGCUGUCACGCCUGGAUGUCCGUCUAGACGCCAUGGGGAGCACAGCCAUGGCUACAGAUCAGGACAAACUGGAGCUGGAGCUGGUGCUGAAAGGGUCGUAUGAGGACACGCAGACAUCUGUCCUAGGCACAGCCUCAGCCUUCUGUUUCCACUACAUGGCAGCCCAAGAGGCAGAGCUGAGUGGGUGCCUAAGGAGCUCUAGAAGCAAUGGCUGGAGCUCAAGCAACUCAGCUGAGCACCUCACUGUGGCCCUGAGGGCCUUGGCCCUGGGGAAGGAAGUGACCGUUGAUGUUCCUGCUACAAAUGCCCCAGGAGUGAAGUUGCACCUCAAGGCUGAGAGCUGCCCUAAGGAGCUGGCCGUGCGUCUGGGCUUCGAUCUGUGUGCAGAAGAGAAAGCCUUUCUGAGCAGGAGGAAGCAGGUGGUGGCCAAGGCCCUGAAGCAGGUCCUGCAGCUGGAUGGCGACCUGCAGGAAGAUGAGAUACCCGUUGUGGGCAUCAUGGCCACAGGAGGGGGUGCCCGAGCCAUGACCUCUCUCUACGGCCACCUGUUGGCCCUGCAGAAGCUGGGCCUCCUGGAUUGUGUGACCUACUUCAGUGGCAUCUCGGGCUCUACAUGGACAAUGGCCCAUUUGUACGGGGACCCUGAGUGGUCACAGAAGGACCUCAAGGAACCCAUCAGACAUACCCGGGAGCACCUGACCAAGAGCAAGCUGGAGGCCUUCUCUCCAGAGCACCUGGCAAGUUAUCUUCAGGAGCUAGAGCAGCGGGCUGAGCAGGGCCAGCCCACAACCUUUGUGGACCUGUGGGGUCUGGUGCUGGAGUUCAUGCUACACGGUCAGGUGAUGGAUCAGAAGUUAUCGGGACAGAGCGCUGCGCUGGAGCGGGGCCAGAACCCGCUACCCCUCUAUUUGAGCCUCAAUGUCAAAGAACACAAUCUGCAGACCCUCGACUUCAAGGAGUGGGUUGAGUUCUCCCCUUACGAGGUUGGAUUCCUGAAGUAUGGAGCCUUUGUCCCUUCUGAGUUCUUCGGGUCCGAGUUCUUCAUGGGGCGGCUGAUGAGGAGGAUCCCUGAGUCUCGGGUCUGCUUUCUGGAAGGUAUUUGGAGUAACAUUUUCUCCUUGAACUUGCUGGAUGCUUGGUAUGACCUCACCAGUUCUGGUGACACCUGGAAGCAGCACAUCAAGGACAAGAUCAGGAGCUUGGAGGAGUCCCCUGCCUCUUCGAGGACCUCCUCAUGGUUGCAGCCUGGAACAGCACUGGCCCAGAUGUUUAAGGGCUUCCUGACAGACAGACCACUCUACCAGCACAGCUCUAACUUCCUCCGGGGCCUCCAGCUGCACCAGGACUACUGUGCCCAGAAAGAUUUCUCCACCUGGGCAGACUGCCAGCCAGACUCCUCCCCAAGCCAGCUGACCCCGCAGGAGCCCCAGCUCUGCCUGGUGGAUGCCGGCUACUUCCUCAACACCAGCUGUCCCUCCAUGUUCCGGCCAGGUCGCAGGCUGGACCUCAUCCUCUCCUUCGACUACUCUCUGUCCUCGCCCUUUGAGGUGCUGCAGCAGGUGGAGCUGGACUGCCGGGGCCGGGGGCUGCCGUUCCCCCAUGUGGAUCCCAGCCCGGAGGAGCAGCACCAGCCCAGGGAGUGCCACCUCUUCUUAGACCCUGACUGCCCCAACGCCCCGGCCGUGCUGCACUUCCCGCUGGUCAAUGCCUCCUUCAAAGACCACUCAGCCCCUGGUGUCCAGCGCAGCCCUGCAGAGCUCCCGGCUGGCCAGGUGGAUCUCACGGGGGUCACCUCCCCCUAUUCCAUAUUCAACAUGACCUACAAGGAGGAAGACUUUGACCGUCUGCUGCAGCUCAGUGACUACAACAUCCGAAACAGCCAAGGCACCAUCCUGCAGGCUUUAAGGAUGGCUCUGAAGCACCGGGCCCCAAGUGCUAGGCCUCCAGAAGCACAGACUUGAGACUGCUCGGGGGCCUCUGGACCCUGAGGGUCACACUCUGACCCUCCAGGGGCUGGGGGUUUAACCCCACGGCAGCGGGCACAGCCACAGUGGCCCUCAUGGCACUGGGGUUCCUGGGCUCUCCCAGGCCUGGGCUACCUCUGCCACUGGUCUUGCCUCCCUACACCCCCUAGUUCUCCUUCUCCUUCAUAGCUGGUUUGAGAGGAGCUGAAAAUAAACUCCUCACCAGGCCAGUGCAUAGAACAGCUGGUUGGACCAAGCAGUCACAAGUUCUUUUCAUGCCUGACCAGGAUGGAUUUGGGGCACCAUCUGGAGGUGCAAGACCAGACUUGCGGAUAGGACCAGGAGUGGGGACAGGCAGGGCUGGGAUGGUCUACCCUAGAGAUUUCAGGUGACAGGAGUCACAGUAUGUCCUGACAGGUUCCUCUUACUGCCUCUACUCCUUUUAUACUAUUUUUAUGCAACUUGAGUGAUAUAAACCACCUACCCCAUAUCUGUCUAAAGCAUACAAUUCAAUGCAUACUUUUUCUAUAUUUUCAGAGUUGUGAAACCAUCACUGUAGUCAAUUUGAGAACACUUUCAUUAACCCAAAAAGGAACCCCUCACCCUUAACUGUCAACCUCAAACCAUCCCUACCGCAGCCCUAGGCAACCACUAAUUACUGUUUUUAUAGAUUUGUCUAAUCUAGACACUUGAAGUAAAUGGAAUCAUACAAUAUGUGGCCUUUUGUGUCUGGCUGCU